AUGAAUGUUCAAAAGCGAAACGAUGUCUCGAUUUACUGUCUGUCUUCAGGGCCAACUCUUCCCGAAUGGCUGGGUGAUCGGGCCAAGAGAAAUUUAGCGAAAAAAGACGAGAAUGUGAGAAGAAGAAUCGAGCUAAUUCAGGAAUUUCAGAUGCCGGCCUCGUCGUCUCGCUUGGCACAAUCGGCAGAUGGCCGCUAUAUCGUCGCCGCUGGAACGUAUCCACCAAGGAUACGAUGUUAUGAUGUUCAUGAGCUGAGCAUGAAAUUUGAGCGAUAUGUUAAUGCCGGUGUUCUGGAUAUUGCUAUGUUGGGGGAUGAUUACGGGAAGAUGGCUCUACUGUUGGAUGAUCGAACAGUUGCAUUCCACGCUCCGUACGGGGCACACGAGGCAAUUCGCAUACCAUCUUUUGGUCGGACCAUGGCAUAUGAACCUACAACUUGCGAGCUUCUCGUGGCUACAAAAGGAAACCAGGUAUUUCGUAUCAAUCUGGAAGAAGGUCGUUUCAGUGAACCAUGGAGUUUUGAACCCUCAGAAGCGUCGGGCACUUGCAUCGCGGUCAAUCAAGCUCACCCUCUGACUAGUGUCGGCUGCGAUGAUGGGAUUGUUAGGUUUUGGGACAAUCGAAGUCCAGAUUCGCUUCUCAAACCCUUUAUGAAACUUGACGUUCAGAGUGCGACGAAGGGAUAUGGAUUUGCGGAAGACGCUUACAUAAACGGAAACCCAAGCGAGAUAACUUCGAUCGCGAAUGAUCCCAGUGGUAUGUUUAUGGCUGCUGGUACCGCGAAUGGAAUUGUUGCGCUGUACGAUAUCCGUUCCAGCAGACCACUGCACAUCAAAGAACACAAACAUGGGCUGCCAAUUCACACUGUCAAGUUUCAUGCGGGUUCAGGUAUGGUUCUCAGCUCGGACGAGAAGCUCGUCAAAGUAUGGAGAUACAAAUCGUCCAUGGAUUCACACAUGGGGCUUUCUGCAAAAGACACAUAUCCUGCGAGCGGAAUCAUUCUUUGUGCUACGGACCAACCUAAACUCGAAACCUAUUACAUACCAGCUAUUGGCAUAGCUCCCAAGUGGUGCUCCUUUUUGGAAAGCAUUACUGAGGAGUUAGAAGAGCGAGAUCUCAAUCGAGAAACCACUGGAAUCACUUCAAACUUGGUUCGUGACGGUCAAGAAACCAUUUACGAAAAUUACAAGUUCGUAAGUCGGGAUGAUCUGGAAAAGCUCGGUAUAUCCAACUUAGUUGGGACGCCGCUUCUUCGUGGCUACAUGCAUGGUUUCUUCAUGGACAUUAAUUUGUACAACAGAGUAAAAUCAGUGGCGAAUCCGUUCGAGUACGAAGACUAUCAAAAGAAGAAGCUGAAAGAGCGUUUGGAGGCUAAACGUUCGAGUCGUAUAACGCCUCGGCCUUCUGACAAGAAGCCCAAGGCGGCUGUCAACGCAGACCUUGCCGAGCGAUUGCAAUACAAGGCCUCCGAUUCUACCAAAGCGGGAAAGCUCGCCAAUCAAGUCUUGUCCGAUGACCGUUUCGGUAACUUGUUCACCAACCCUGACUUUCACAUCAACGAGGAAGACGAUGACUUUAAACUCCGCAACCCC